CUGUUAAAAACCUACUCUUGUGCUACGAACACACAGGUUUGUAAUUGGUCAAGCUUAUGGGAAAGAAGCUUGAUGCCUUUCUUGGACGUGCCUUCAAGCCCUCCAAGUUUAAAUCACUAUUCAGUCUUGCAAUUUCUCGUCUUGCUGCUUUCAAGAACCAGCGUCAGGUUCGCUGCAACCAAGCUCGUUCAGAUGUCAUGCAUCUCCUUCAACUUGGCCAUCAUGACCGGGCUCUUCUUAGAGUUGAGCAGGUGAUCAAGGAGCAAAAUAUGUUGGACGUCUUUGUGAUACUGGAAGGGUAUUGUAAUCUCGUUAAUGAAAGAGUCCAUCUCAUUGAGCAAGAGAGAGUAUGCCCUGAUGAACUCAAGGUGGCAAUAUCUGGCUUGCUCUUUGCAUCUUCAAGGUGUGGGGAUUUUCCCAAGCUUCGAGAGAUUCGUGCUGUUUUUAUGUCUUGCUACGGAAAAGAAUUUGCUGCUUCUUCCAUUGAGCUGCACAACAACUGUGGAGUGAACAAUAAGAUUAUACAACAGCUGUCAACGAAACAACCAAACUUGCGGAGCCGAAAGAAUGUGCUCAAGCAGAUUGCUGCUGAAAAUGGCAUUCCAUUCCAAAAUAACUCAUGGCAUACCUUAGUUGAGGCAAGUGACAAUGCAGGAGAUGAUGAUGAGUUGUCUGAUUCAACAAAAAGAAGGAAAAAGUACAGGGAUGUAGCUGAUGCAGCUCAAGUAGCCUUUGAGUCAGCUGCCUAUGCAGCAGCAGCGGCAAGAGCAGCAGUGGAACUCUUUCGGUCUGAUUCCUAUGAUCCUGAUUAUCAGAACAGUCUCAAUACUCGACAAAAAACAGUGUCUGAAAAACGUGAAACAAAUUUCAAGGAUAAGGAAAAUCAUGGUAGUCAAGCAGAGUAGUUGGAAAUCGAGUUUUCUAAUCCUUCUUCGAGUGAAGGUUCAGCAAAGGGAAUCAUAGACCUUGGGACAAUGUCCUUCGACGAAGUGGACCCAAUCCAGCUAUGGGAAAAAGAUGUGGUUAUUUAUGAGAGUGACGAUGAUAAAUAUGAUGGUUCAAGUUUUGAUCUGAAUACAGAGGGAAGGUCUUAGAUACAGAUGAGGAAGAUGAGCACUCAGAAAAACACAUUGACAAAUGUGUAGCCUUCCCAUUCAAGCUUUCAUGUUGGUUUGAAGUUGGAGACUCGAUUUGAAAACCCACUGAACAUAUGGCUAAAAGUUAAUGAAUUAAAGGUGCACUUUACUAAAAAUAAGUGGCCUUUUUCUUUGAGGAAUUGUACCAAGCGACAGGAUAUUGAGGAGCACGAGUAAAUUAAAUGUUUGUAAGUUUGGUGAGAGUAUUGACUGAGUGUAUAAUAUGGUUUUUGGUCUUUUUCUUUUUGGUACAUUUACAAUUUGGGGGAGGGGAAUGCCUUUCAUAAGAUGUAAUCUCGACGUAUGAUGAUUUUGGAAUGAUUUAUGAAACUUUCAGUGA